GCCUGGCAGGGCUGGGAGGCUCGGACGGCGUGUGGCCGCAGCCGGGGAGCCUGAGGCCGGGGCGUCGCACGCAGGCGCCUCCCGCCUGGGCCAUGAGCCGGCCGCGGCCUCGGCGGCGAGGCCUCCCGGAUGCCGGUUGGAGCUCUGCGGUGCAGAGCAGAGGCUGCGCCCGGGCCGCAGGCAAGGGUAGAAGGCCAACGGGUCCGCUCUCUGACGCGCGGUGGAUGCGGCGGCGGCGGCGAUGGACGCCCUAGAGGAAGAGAGCUUCGCGCUGUCCUUCUCUUCUGCCUCUGAUGCAGAAUUUGAUGCUGUGGUUGGAUAUUUAGAGGACAUUAUCAUGGAUGAUGAGUUCCAGUUAUUACAGAGGAAUUUCAUGGACAAGUACUACCAGGAGUUUGAAGACACGGAAGAGAAUAAGCUUACCUACACACCUAUUUUUAAUGAAUAUAUUUCUUUGGUAGAAAAGUAUAUAGAAGAACAGCUGUUGGAGCGGAUUCCUGGAUUUAACAUGGCGGCUUUCACUACAACUUUACAGCACCAUAAAGAUGAAGUGGCCGGUGACAUUUUUGACAUGCUACUCACAUUUACGGAUUUUCUGGCUUUUAAAGAAAUGUUUCUGGACUACCGAGCAGAAAAAGAAGGCCGGGGACUGGACUUGAGCAGUGGUUUAGUGGUGACGUCACUGUGCAAAUCAUCUUCUGUGCCAGCCUCCCAGAACAAUCUGCGGCCCUAGGUCUCACCUUCAGGCUCCGGGCUCUUCCUGGACGUCACCAGCUCAAUAGACUGGGAGAGGCUUUGGCUAAUGAUGUCAGAAGAAUACAUCUUGGGGAGACUGACUUUUCUGCAGUUCUUCAUUAAUGUUAAGUAUUGAUGGGUCAGAAGACAAUUACCUGACCUUUCUGGGACGAGACAUUCUUGGUUUUGGUAACCCUAGUACUCCUCCCCGAGUAGACCCCUCUCUCAGGCUUUGGAGUCUGGCUCCUGCAGCAAACCCGAGUCCAGCAUUCUACCUGGGAUGCCUGUCCCCAGCAUUCAUGUCAGGGUGUCCGUGUUGGGAAAAUUUACCAUCAUCAACUCUCUUGGCCCAGCAGGCCUUACAUGUCCCAGGAGGCUUUUCAUGCACCCACAGCUGAUCACAGUUUGAGUCCUACAGCCUCAGUGGGGGUUUUGACUGGGAGUAUUUAUCUAGGAGUUAACUGCAGCUAGCUGCCCAUCUCAAGAUUUCUGAAAAUCCUACCAUCACAGCUAGUAGGAAUCAACUUAGAGAUUUCCUUUACCUAAAAGCUACAUGUGAAAAUCAAUUCCUAGUCUUACAUGUGCAGUCUUUUUAUCACUGUCUUCUACAGGUCCAGAUGUAGUCCCAUUGUUUUCAUAACCCUCGUUUAUGCGUUUUUGAAAAAAUAUUUUUAUAGAUGAAUACUCAGGCUAACCUAGUGGAUACAAUCUUGGAACUUCCAUGAUUACCCACUUCAAGAUCAAAGUAUUAUAUGCUGUGUGUAUUAUUUAGCUGUUAGUGCUAUGGGAGCUAAAAUGCUUUCUACCUUGGUCCAUUUUACUGGGUGCCAGUGAAUGUAUGCUGGAAGUAGCCUAAAAUAUAUCCUUUUCUUAGAGCA